GACCUCCUUGCCCAACCCCGAUCCCACCGCCGAUUCCGCUUCAUCCUCUUUUAUCAAUGCUCAAACCCCGUUCAUGGUCCCCACCUACGUCCGGCCACCUCCGGUGAUGGUCAAGGGCCAGGGCAGUUACCUCUGGGAUAUGGAGAGCAGAAAGUACCUUGAUAUGACGUCCGGUAUUGCUGUCAACUCUCUUGGUCACUGUGACCCUGAGAUCGCAAAGAUCAUCGCCGAACAGGUGUGUACCCACACGCUAUUUAUGCUGGCGCCCGAAUCACUAACAACGAGGGGCUCUCCUCUAGUCCGAAAUCCUCAUCCACGCCUCGAAUCUGUACUACAAUGCUUGGACCGGAGCCCUGAGCAAGCUCCUGAUCGAGGUCACCCGCGAGUCUGGUGCCAUGCGGGACGCUUCCCAGGUGUUCAUCGCCAACUCCGGUACCGAGGCCAACGAGGCUGCCAUCAAGUUUGCCCGCAAGGUCGGUCGCUCGCGCGACCCCUCGGGCGCCAAGCACGAGCUCGUCUCCUUCCACAACUCCUUCCACGGCCGCACGAUGGGUGCCUUGUCCGCGACCCCCAACCCCAAGUACCAGACCCCCUUCUCGCCCAUGCUGCCGGGCUUCAAGUACGGAAACUACAACGACGUGGAGCAGCUUGAGACUCUCAUCACCGACAAGACCUGCGGUGUGAUCGUCGAGCCCAUCCAGGGUGAGGGUGGAGUCAAUGUUGCCACCCCCGAGUUCCUGGUUGCGCUGCGCAAGCGUUGCGACGAGGUGGGCGCCGUCCUGAUCUUCGAUGAGAUCCAGUGCGGUCUGUCCCGGACGGGUAGUCUUUGGGCGCACGGCCAUUCUUCGCUGGCGCCCGCCUCGGGCGAGGCCGCUCACCCCGACAUCCUGACCACCGCGAAGGCGCUGGGCAACGGAUUCCCUAUCGGUGCCACCAUCAUCGCCGAGAAGACCGUGGCCUCGCACAUCAAGCCAGGCGACCACGGAACCACGUUCGGUGGUAACCCCCUGGCCUGCCGCGUCGCCCACCACAUCGUCAAGCGGUUGGCCUCGCCCGAGCUCCAGAAGCAGGUCGAGGACAAGUCGGCCGUGCUGCAGGCCGGCUUCGCUGCCCUCAAGGAGAAGCACCCGAACGUCAUCUCGCAGGUUCGCGGUCGCGGUCUGAUCCUGGGUGUGCAGCUCGCACCCGAGUUCGGCGCCAAGGCGGGUGACUUGGUGGCGGCCGCUCGCGAGCGUGGCAUGCUGAUUAUCACCGCCGGUGAGGGCUGCAUCCGGUUCGUGCCUGCGUUGACGAUGACCGAGGAGCAGCUCAAGACGGGCCUGAAGAUCUUCGAGCAGGCCUUGGAGGCUGUGAUUGCUUAGAUUUGUGAAGUACAUGCUUAAUGAUCGUCGAAACAAAAGUUAGAGGUGACUGAAAGACUGCUGGCUCGGGAUUCUACACUAACCGCUCGCUGCGGGUCUGACCUGCCUCUGCAACGCUGCAUCUUGUUCUGAGGAUAUAAUUACAUCACUGUUUUCCUUUUCAGCAUAGAUUGUGGGGUCUAAUAGAAUGCAUACCGAUCUAUAGGUUC